AUGGGAGUGAAAAAAGAGGAUGUGGAAAAGUUUCUCCAAGGAAAUCCUGCAUUUGCCAAGGAGUAUUUUGGCAAGGCGUUGAGUCCAGACUUCAUCUCAAAGGCCUCAGGACUUCCAGAAAACCAGGUGGAUUUCAACAGUUUUCAGCGACUUUCUCAGAUGGAGGAGAGCCAAAUCCUAUAUGACAUCAUUACAGACAUGCAGGAAAAUGUUAAUAUGGAAAAGGUUGUGUUCACACUCCUGAAGAGGAUCAGUGCGCUGAUCCAUGCUGACCGCUGCAGCCUGUUCAUGUACCGACAGAGGAACGGUGUUGGAGAACUGGCCACCAGGCUCUUCAAUGUGAAUGCCCAGGCUCAGCUGGAUGACUGUGUGGUUCCUCCAGACUCAGAGAUUGUCUAUCCCUUGGACAUGGGUAUAGUGGGCCACGUGGCUCAGACCAAGAAAUCAGUUAAUGUCAAAAAUGUUACAGAGAACCAGUACUUCAGCUCAUUUGUGGAUGAACUCACUGAAUAUAAGACUCACAACGUUUUGGCUACACCCAUCCUCAAUGGAAAAGACAUGGUGGCAGUGAUCAUGGCUCUGAACAAGACUACAGGACCUCACUUCACUGAACAGGAUGAAGAUAUUUUUUUAAAGUAUCUGAAAAUUGCUAGUUUGAACUUGAAAAUCUUCCAUCUGAGUUACCUUCACAACUGUGAGACACGUAAAGGAAUGAUGCUGCUGUGGUCUGCGAACAAGGUUUUUGAAGAACUGACAGAUAUUGAGCGACAGUUUCACAAAGCCUUGUACACUGUUCGAGCCUACCUUAACUGUGAUCGGUACUCAGUCGGUCUGCUGGAUAUGACCAAGGAGAAGGAAUUUUUUGAUAUUUGGCCAGUACUGAUGGGAGAGCAGCCACCUUACUCUGGACCUGUUACACCUGAUGGACGGGAAGUUAUAUUUUAUAAAGUAAUUGACUACAUACUGCAUGGAAAAGAGGACAUCAAAGUCAUACCGAACCCUCCUGUGGACCACUGGGCUUUGAGCAGUGGUCUUCCUACGUAUGUUGCAGAGAGUGGUCUUAUUUGCAACAUCAUGAAUGCUGCUGCUGAUGAGACAUUUAAGUUUCAGACUGAGGCCCUUGAUGGCAGUGGUUGGACUAUAAAGAACGUCCUGUCACUGCCAAUUGUUAACAAAAAAGAAGAGAUUGUUGGAGUUGCCACAUUCUACAACAGGAAAGAUGGGAAGCCUUUUGAUGAUCAUGAUGAGCAGCUCAUGGAGGCUUUGACACAGUUUUUGGGCUGGUCCGCCUUAAACACAGAUACUUACGACAAAAUGAACAAGCUAGAAAACCGUAAGGACAUUGCACAGGACAUGGUGCUGUACCAUGUCAAAUGCAGAAAUGAUGAGAUCCAGAACAUACUUAAUACCAGGCAAGUUUUUGGAUGUGAGCCCAGUGAGUGUGAAGAGGAAGAACUUUUACAAAUUCUGAAAAAAGAUCUGCCGCCACUGAUUAAAAAAUUUGAGAUCUAUGCAUUUCACUUUUCUGAUUUUAACUGCACUGAGUUGGAGCUGGUGAAGUGUGGAGUCCAGAUGUACUAUGAAGUUGGUGUGGUCAAGAAGUUUCAGGUCCCACAAGAGGUGCUGGUGCGUUUCAUGUACUCUGUUUGUAAAGGCUACAGAAGAAUUACUUACCACAACUGGCGCCAUGGCUUCAAUGUGGGACAGACCAUGUUCACACUUCUUACGACAGGGAAUUUGAAGCGAUAUUAUACUGACUUAGAAGUAAUGGCCAUGAUAACAGCAGGAUUCCUCCAUGAUAUUGACCACAGAGGAACCAACAACUUGUACCAAGUCAAGUCAGGCAAUCCUUUGGCAAAACUGCAUGGCUCCUCCAUAUUGGAGAGACACCAUCUAGAGUUUGGAAAAUUUAUUUUGUCUCAAGAGUCUCUGAAUAUCUACCAGAACCUCAACAGGCGACAGUCUGAGCAUGUCAUUCAUCUCAUGGACAUUGCUAUUAUUGCCACAGACCUGGCUUUAUACUUUAAGAAACGAACAAUGUUUCAGAAGAUUGUGGACCUGUCUAAAACAUAUGAGGAUGAAAAGAAGUGGGUGGACUUCAUGUCACUGGAGACAACAAGGAAAGAGAUUGUAAUGGCCAUGAUGAUGACUGCAUGUGACCUAUCAGCUAUUACCAAACCAUGGGAAGUACAGAGUAAGGUGGCUCUGUCUGUUGCUGAAGAGUUUUGGGAGCAGGGUGACUUGGAAAGAACAGUACUUGAACAACAACCUAUUCCAAUGAUGGAUAGGACUAAAUCAGCGGACCUCCCCAAACUUCAGUGUGGUUUCAUUGAUUUUGUCUGCACAUUUGUCUAUAAGGAAUUUUCUCGCUUCCAUCCCCAAAUCCAGCCAAUGUUGGAUGGUCUCCUGAACAACAGAAAAGAGUGGAAUGCAAAAAAGGAAGAAUAUGAGGCUAAACUCAAAGCCAUUGAAGAUGCAAAGGCUUCUAAACAGGCUGCUGCUGCCAGUAAAGCUGACAACCCAGGAGGCUCUAAAACUUGUUCUGUGUGCUAAAGGACAUCAGCACAAUCAUUAAAGGAGAAACUGUUUCUAACUGACUGUCCAGAAAUAAAUUCAGUAAUGUAAAUUAAGAAAUUAAAGGUGCUUUUAGCUUCCUAAAAGGUCUAAUAUCAUCAUUCAGUAUUGUAAAAUGUUAGGCUACUGUACCAUCUUCCAGUCAACUAUGAUUUACUGUGGGAUUGCUUAAGCACCAUAGAAGCAAAAAGUAGAUAGUGGUGAGAUAAUCAGCUCAGGGUUUUGAGCAGUCACAUUGAUCUGUAGCUAAAAAUGAUGCCUUUAUUGUAAAUACAAUACUGUAUAUGUAAUAGAAAAAAACAGAUGUAAAUGCAAUUGUUUAUUUGAACUGAACUUUAUUUACUAAAACUUACUGUCCUAUUUUUAUUGUAACUUGAAUAACUGCAUAUGUUUACAUUUCAAUGAUUAAAACAAUGUCAUCUAACUUAUAAUUUGUCAGUGACGAGUGCUUGUAGGGACUGGUAACAUUUGUAUCCUGUAUAUUUUAGGAUGAUCCCAAUGAUGAUAUUUUGGCAGUUCAGAUCAGAAAUGUGCUCAAAUGCACAUGCAGAAAGUGCAGGAAUAUCCAGCUAGUUGUGCUAUUUUAUUAAACUCCACAGAGUCAGUUGGAACAUAGAUUUUCUACUGUUUUAUAUUGCUUUCUGACAUCUAAAAUUUUUACACGUUUUGAUUGAUAAUUCCAAAUUCAAAUGAUUAAAUAUAUAAAGUUUAUGUUAGCAGCUAUUUAAAAAUGUGCUUUCAAAUGAUGACAUGUACUGUAGAACAACUAAGGUAGAUUACCUUCUACUUAACACUCACUGGAGAUUCUGUGAAUUGCUGUAUUAUUAAUAAUGUUUUUACUGUAUUUUCGACCACUAGCUUGUGAAAU